GCCUGGCGCCAGGCACUGCCACAGCUCGAGACACCCCCCAGCCCCUCUGCGCUGCUGGCUCUGCUGGCCCGGAGGGGCACUGUGCCUGCAUUGCCUGAGCGCCCAGUGCGGGAGGCGGACCUGAGGCACCAGCCCAUUCUCAUGGGAGCCCACCUAGCUGUCAUCGAUGCGCUCAUGGUUGCCUUCGCUUUUGAGUGGACCAAGACGUUGCCAGGCCCCUUGGCCCUGCCGAGCUUGGAGCACAAGCUCCUUUUCUGGGUGGACACGACCGUGCGGCGGCUGCAGCAAAAGACGGAGCAGGAGGCGGCCCAGCGAGCGUCUCCUGCAGCCCCUGCGGACACGCAAUUGCCUUCUGCUUGAAGGAGUCGGGGAGCAAACCCCCCAUGAUCCGGUACCGUAAGGACCGUGCCGUGGCCCGCCGGGCCCCCUGCUUUCCGAACGUGACUACCCUCCAGGACCUGGCCAGCGGGGCCGCGCUGGCCGCCACCAUCCACUGCUAUUGUCCCCAGCUCUUGCGACUUGAAGAGGUCUGCCUCAAGGACCCCAUGUCUGUGGCGGACAGCCUGUACAACCUCCAGCUGGUGCAGGACUUCUGCGCCUCCCGCCUCCCUCGCGGCUGCCCGCUGGCCCUGGAGGACUUGCUCUAUGUCCCGCCACCCCUCAAGGUCAACCUGGUGGUGCUUCUGGCCGAAAUGUUCGUGUGCUUCGAGGUGCUCAAGCCCGACUUUGUGCAGGUCAAGGACUUGCCUGACGGUCACGCCGCCUCCCCCCGGGGCACCGAGGCCUCCCCACCUCAGAAUACCAGCGGCAGCAGUUCUCCUGUCUUCAACUUCCGCCACUCAUUGUUGUCGUCUGGGGGUCCCCAGUCCCCGCUCCGAGGAUCCACAGGCUCCCUGAAGUCCUCCCCGUCCAUGUCACACAUGGAGGCCCUGGGCAAGGCCUGGAACCGCCAGCUCAGCCGUCCCCUCUCCCAGGCCGUUUCGUUCAGCACCCCCUUUGGCCUGGACAGCGACGUGGAUGUCGUCAUGGGAGACCCCGUCUUACUCCGCUCGGUCAGCUCGGACAGUCUGGGCCCCCCACGACCCAUGCCGGCCCGGACCCCCACCCAGCCAGCCCCGGAGCCCGGAGACCUGCCCACUAUUGAAGAGGCCUUGCAGAUCAUCCACAGCGCAGAGCCCCGCCUGCUCCCCGACGGGGCCGCCGACGGCAGCUUCUACCUCCACUCCCCCGAGGGGCCCUCGAAACCACCGCUGUCCUCCUCCUACCCAUCCGAGGGAGCCUUGAAACCACCCGCCUACGUGCCCCACCCAGAGGCCCCCUCCAAACCUUCUCCCUGCCCGCUGGGGGAGAUAUCGAAAGCACCAGCCCCAUCCGAGGGGUCCCCGAAGGCGGUGACAUCGUCUCCGGUGGCCACCAACUCCGAAGUGAAAAUGACCAGCUUCGCGGAACGCAAGAAGCAGCUGGUGAAGGCCGAGGCCGAGUCCGGAGCUGGGUCCCCCACGUCUGCUCCCUCCGCGCCCGAGGCCCUGAGCUCAGAGAUGAGCGAGCUCGGAGCCCGUCUGGAGGAGAAGCGCCGGGCCAUCGAGGCUCAGAAGCGGCGGAUCGAGGCCAUCUUUGCCAAGCACCGCCAGCGACUGGGCAAGAGUGCCUUCUUACAGGUGCAGCCGCGGGAGGCUGCCGGGGAGGUUGCCGGGGAGGCGGCGGAGGCCGAGGCCGAGGCCGAGGCGGAGCAGGAGCAGGGCCCGGCUCCUGGUGGGGAGCGGCCUGCAGGCGAGGGCCAGGGCGAGCCUUCCUCCCGACCCAAGUCGGUGACCUUCUCCCCGGAGCUGGGCCUGCUGCCCCCCGAGGGGCUGGGAGACUAUAACCGAGCGGUCACCAAGCUCAGCGCCGCCUUGAGCUCCCUGCAGCGGGACAUGCAGAGGCUCACGGACCAGCAACAGCGGCUCCUGGCCCCGCCCGAGGCUCCAGGGCCUGCCCCUCCACCCGCAGCGUGGGUCAUCCCCGGCCCCACGGGGCCCAAAGCUGCAUCCCCCAGCCCUGCCCGGCGCGCCCCAGCUGCCCGGCGCAGCCCUGGGCCUGGCCCCAGCCCUACACCCCGAAGCCCCAAACAUGCGCGGCCGGCGGAGCUGCGGCUGGCGCCUCUGACCAGGGUGCUCACGCCCCCGCACGACGUGGACAGCCUCCCCCACCUGCGCAAGUUCUCCCCGAGCCAGGUGCCGGUGCAGACGCGCUCCUCCAUCCUCCUGGCGGAGGGGACACCUCCCGAGGAGCCUGCGGCGCGGCCGGCCCUCAUUGAGAUCCCGCUGGGCAGCCUGGAAGCCCCCGCGGCCGAGGAGGAGGGAGACGGGAGCCCCCCCGGGGCUGAGGACUCCUUAGAGGAGGAGGCGUCGUCCGAGGGAGAGCCUCGGGCUGGCCUCGGGUUCUUCUAUAAGGACGAAGACAAGCCUGAGGACGAGAUGGCCCAGAAGAGGGCCAGCCUGCUGGAGCGGCAGCAGCGGCGGGCCGAGGAGGCCCGGAGGCGCAAACAGUGGCAGGAGGCGGAGAAGGAGGCUGCGAGGUUGGCCCAGGAGGAGGCUUCUGCCCCGGUCCCUGUGGCCCCCACAGCCCCCGCCCCAGUCCCUGCGGCGGCCCCGGCCCCUGCCGCCCGGGCCCCGGCCGAGGAGGAGGUGGGCCCCCGGCGGGCCCCAUCCCCGUCCGGCCUGGUUUCCCCCAGCCGCCUGCCCGGAAGCCGCGAGCGGGACUGGGAGAACGGCAGCAACGCCUCCUCCCCGGCGUCGGUGCCCGAGUACACAGGUCCCCGGCUGUACAAGGAACCCAGCGCCAAAUCGAACAAGUUCAUCAUCCACAACGCCCUGUCGCACUGCUGCCUGGCGGGCAAGGUCAACGAGCCCCAGAAGAACCGCAUCCUGGAGGAGAUCGAGAAGAGUAAGGCCAACCACUUCCUGAUCCUCUUCCGCGACUCGAGCUGUCAGUUCCGGGCCCUCUACACGCUGUCGGGGGAGACCGAGGAGCUGUCGCGGCUGGCAGGCUACGGCCCCCGCACAGUCAGGCCUGCCAUGGUGGAAGGUAUCUACAAGUACAACUCGGACCGCAAGCGCUUCACCCAGAUCCCCGCCAAGACCAUGUCCAUGAGCGUGGACGCCUUCACCAUCCAGGGACACCUCUGGCAGAGCAAGAAGCCCACCACUCCCAAGAAGGGUGGCAGCACCCCCAAAUAGCCCCGCCUGCGCGGGCUGUGCUCAGCCGCCGCCGCCCUCCUGGGGGACAGUCGGUCUGUAUUCCUGGGUCCUGUCUGUCCGUCCGAUCCCGUCUGGGUGGGGCUGGAGUCCCCACCCCCUAACCUUGAGUCCGCCCCUGCUGUGGGGGGCUGAGCUGGGAGGUUCAGGGACUCAGGGCUCAGCUCAGUCCCCUUGUCUGUCCUCCUCACCUUCUUGAAUAAAAUAAUUUAAAGAGA